AUGAACGCGGUCAGUAUUGGGGAGUACCAUGGGCUGCGGGUGGGCUCGGCCCUGCUCAGCAUUGUAGCAGGGUGUAUCAUCAUUGGUGUGUCAAAGGACUGUGAUGCAGAUGCUGUGGGGGGCAUCUUCCUCGGGGCAGGGGGGCUUGGUCUCCUUAUUUCAGUCUACCCGUUCAUAAGAGCAUGGUUCAACUUCCAUCACAUACUGCCCAAUAUAGGCAACUUCAGAGUGCACCCGAUGGCUACAAAUUCAAAUCCAGCCCCUGAACAGCCUGCAGCUACACUCACACGAGAGGGGACUCAAAGCCAGCUAAAUGUAGAGCGUUCGAAAAGCCGAAUGGGGACAUUUGUGGAGACAGCAGCUCCUACAGCAGCCGAGGGCUCACAGGAUGAUGGCCCUUCUGCAGAUGUUCCAGAUAUCUUGGGCAGGCGGAAGUUUAAGUCACCAUCUUCUGAUCAAGACACUUCAUAAUGGCUGGAUCCAACGGAGUCUCAUUAAAGAACAAACAGUAUUCAUUUCACAAUAAGCAAGGCUGAUCUCUGCUUACAGCUCAUUAUGGUAGCCUAUCUGAUUUCACUCGCUCAAACAAGGUGUCUGCUCUAAUACUGAAAUAAUGUUUAAUGAAAGCAAUGAGCAAGAUGAAAAUCACACUGAAGAACAAUGAAAUCAGAAACAACCAUGUGCUUAAAAGGAGUGUUCACCCAAGAAAUGAAAACUGUGUCAUCAUGUCUCAUGUCAUUCCAAAGCUGUAUGACUUUCUGCCUUCUGUGGAAAAUAAAAGAAGUUCUG